AUGCUGCCUCCCGAACUUUUCGACGCAAUAAUCGAGCAGGCACGGGACGACAUCGCAACGCUCAACUCGUGCUCUCUCGUCUGCAGAUCGUGGUUGGCAAUCAGCCGGCAUCUAACCUUUGGCCAAAUCGUCUUUGGGUUGCGGCCAGAAACCGUCCAAGGAUUUCUCGAACUCAUAGCUAGUCCUUAUGCCACUAUUUUGCCCUACAUACACGCGGUUGAACUACUCGGGAACGACUCUUCUCGUGGAUAUCAACUCGAGUGGCUCGACCGUAUCAUCACCGUCUUGGCGAACAUCCCGUUCCUUACCGCCCUCGUUUUGGAGAAUAUCAGCUGGAAUGAACUCGUUUCUGCUACUAGAGACACUCUAAUCGACGCGUUCCAGCAGAUUACGCGUCUGGAUCUUCGUGCUUCCGACUUUGGCUCAGUAGCACAUCUCUUCCGUCUCGUCGCCUCCAAACCGCGACUUCGAAGCUUAGGCUGUGACAAUCUCGGCUGGACAGACCCGGACCCAACAGAAACGGUGAUAGCCCCCAGAAUGCUCAACCAUUUGCGUUUGAGUGGCUGCUACGAACGCGACAUCCUCGACUGGCUCCUAGCACAAACAUCUAUUCCCCCCAUUUCGGAUCUGGAACUCGGAGCAGUGCGACCCGAGGACACCGCUUCUAUCGGAAACUUUCUUCGCCGGCUUGGACCACGUCUCCGUACCCUUCAACUCGAAUUUUGGUCCCUGGACCCAGGAGGAGAUGCCGAGGACUUUUGUGCCCACGUAGACCUUUCCUAUAACUCGAGCCUGCACACGAUUGUUCUCGACAAGUUUAUCCACUAUUCGACAUAUCGUUUCAGUAGUGCUGUUGGCUGGAUCCCGCAACUUGUUUCUCGCGCUGGCGGCUUAAAACAUAUCAUGCUCAGCAUCUCGAUCAGACGCAUCGACGAACUGACCCCUGAAGACGACCCGAUAGACUGGCCUGCGCUCGACGCCGUGUUCUGCACCCUCCAUCGACUCUAUUUUCGUGUCUGGAGCUCCAUCGAACUUGACCAAGUUACCCCGGUGCUCACACACCAAUUGCCCAAGUGUGCUAUGCGUGAAGGGUUGCUUCAAUUUCGUUCAGGAUUUCCCAAGGGUGAAGAGUAG